GCUUCCUGUCAAGAUUUCGAAAUAAAAGCACGUGCGAUGAUUUCUGGACAUUAAUGCUUAAAGUAUCACAAUAGGCCUCCAGUAUUGUUUCGUAUGGGCUUGUUUUGUUGUCUAGUAAUGGAUAAAACACACAAAUGUUAACAUGAUUUGACCCAAUGUGAGUUCAUAUUGAAGUCCAUAAACAUAGAGAGUAGUGUCGAAUAAGUGCUGAUAAUGAAUUUUAUUUGAAUGGAAUGGUGUGAGUUCUCCUAUUGGUCAAUUUUAUAUGAUCAGAAUUAUGAAUUAACAUAAAUAGCUUUUAUUUUGCCUCUCAUACUCUGCUGCUUUGUAGUGGAUCAUUUGCCGCUUUUAUUUUGAAGAAGUGUUUCUUUUCCGCAUCUCAACCUGCCUCCUUUUGUCAAACUUGUCGCUUGUUUCUGCUUUUGACAGUGAAAGGCUGUAUUUAUAGAUGCUCAUAACUUUCAGGGGGAAAAUUUAUAGAUAGGCAUGUUUAAAGUAGGAACACAACGUCGUAAAUGGCCAGGAGCAUGACCGAGCAGCAGGAGCAGAGCGAAGAAACAGGCCUGCUCUCUACACAGGACCUGGACCCCUCCAAGGACGACGACACACACGGCCACUUCAGGUUCCCGCUGAUUGAAGACCUGUCAUAUGAAGACGUGAAGAAAUGUUACCGAGGCUCGUGUGUGUCUUGCAGCAGCUUGCUCCAGGCCUUGGAUGUGCGCGAGUGUGUGUGUGUGUAUGGUGCCAACGUGCUGAGCCUGGUGCAGAGCUCGCGUCCGUUGAGGGAGAGGGUGGUGUCUGCGGCGAGCGGAGGCGAAGUGGCCGGUGGUGGCGGUGCUGGUGCCGGUCCUGGUGCUGGUCCUGGUGCUGUGCGGGCAGGCCGGUCCACCAAGGAGCUGCUCAUGACUCUGCCCUGUCCCUCUGCACAGACUGUCAGCAAGUACAACUCGCAGUACCACAAACUGUUCCAGUGCGUACCCAAGGACGAGAUCCUCAUGAAAGUGUACUCCUGCGCUCUUCUCAGAGAUAUCCUUCUGCAAGGCCGGCUUUACAUUUCCAGAAACUGGCUGUGUUUCUAUGCCAACCUCUUCGGCAAGGACAUUAAGGUGGCUAUCCCUGUUGUUUCCGUGAGGCUGGUGAAGAAGCACAAAACGGCGGGACUUGUGCCCAACGGCUUGGCUAUCACCACGGACACCGGCCAGAAGUAUGUGUUUGUGUCGCUGCUAUCGAGGGACAGCGUGUACGACGUCCUGCGCAGGAUCUGCACACACCUUCAGGUCAAUGGGAAGAGUCUGAGCUUGAAGCAGUUCAUGGAGGAGCCGACCUUAUCGCUGGACGAGUUCCCGGCUCCAGACGAGUUCCCAGUUGUUGACGAAUUCCCAUCAGUGUUAAAGUGGAGAAGGAAACCCUCGGUGGUGUCUGUGUCCUCCUCCCUUCCUGACCUCCUGGGGAACUCCACCAGCAGUCUGAGCCCCGCAGACAUGCCCUCGAAAUCCGAGCAGCUGCUGGAAGAGCGAGCUCUGCAAACAGACAGAGGUCUUUUAUCAGAGCCAGUGGCGGAGCUGGGCCAGAUGGAGUACCAGCUGCUCAAGUUCUUCACCCUGCUCAUUAUCCUCCUCAUCCUGUCGUCGUGCUACUUGGCCUUUCGUGUGUGCAGCCUGGAGCAGCAGCUGUCCUUCCUCAGCAACCCAAAUCUGCCGCUGAGAGAGAGGUAACCACUGCUCCCCGCAGUGACCCGCUGGAUCGGCUGCUGUUUACUUUCCUCGUGCUUUGAGUUGACGGUGCCCUCCUGCACAGAUCCAGGAUCAGCUUUAGAGCCCAGCGGAGAUCAACCCUCGUCGCAACAGCAGCAGCAGCAAAUCACGAAGGAGCAACACACGAACCCGAGUCCAGGCAACUUGGGGACGCCCCCCCUCCCCUUUGGAAAGAGUUCCUGUCUCGUGAUCACUUCCAGGCUAUGCAAACAGACUGUCUAUUUAUUUCUGAAUUUUAAGUGGGUUUUACUGUAGAAUACGUUUGUCUACUGUGGCCUGUCCUUCUCACAGACGUUUCACCUUUAACCACAUGACUGUGCAGCGUAAAGCUCUUUACCCUAAAAUGUUUGUGAGCGCUAAUGGAGUUUGGAAGUGGAGAUGGAGACUGGAGGUGAGGUUGGCGUUGGAAAGGUAAGAGGUGAUUCAAUACAUUGAGUACUUGAAAAGACUGAUGGUAAAACUAUACUUCAGGUGAGUCGUCGUGACUCAUUUAUUAAUAUCUGACAUAUGCUGACGGAUCUUGCAUGGCUUUCAGUAGGAAGGCUAAAAGUAGCGGAGACAAUGCACUUUUUAAAACUUGUCCACGUUAUUUCAAAUGUGUGUAAACUGUUUUAAGUGUUUAGAUCUUUGUUCCUUGCUUGAUGACAGGUACUCAGUUGUCAUUUUUGAAGGUAUUUGUGGAAGGAGGUAACGUUGCGACUGCAGACACUUGACUGAAUGAAAUUACCUGUCGUUUCACUGUAAUGUACUGGAGAGAUAAACACCUGUGUGUGUUGGCUACAAUGUGAAGGAGAUGGUUUGACGACAUGCGUAACUUUUUGUUUUUAGUUGUACUAAUCUGCUGUGUGAAAGGAAUAACCGGCAUGUUUUCCUUUCUACAUUUCAAAUGAAGUCAC